GCAUCACGUGGCCCCAGUUAGCAGGCCAGGAAAAUUCCAUCCUUUGCACACUUAGCCUCACACACCCAUCUGCUCACUUACCCUGGGCACACUUAGCCUCCCUUGCCCUUCUAUGCUUACCACCGCACACUCCUGGCACACUUUUUCCACCUCCGCCAGGGCCACACAGCCAGGCUCUCCCUUCACUGCCCCGUUGAUAGUCACAGACCUACCAUGUCCCUAGGGACACUGAAAUUCCAGGCAGUGGGCGAGGAGGAGGAGGAAGAGGAGGAGGAGAGCUUAGACUCUGUGAAGGCGCUGACAGCCAAGCUGCAGCUACAGACCCGACGGCCCUCGUAUCUGGAGUGGACUGCCAGGAUCCAGAGCCCGGCUUGGUGCAGAGCCCAAGCUAGACCUGAGCCGGCAAGACCUGGGACCAUCUGUGGCUUCGACUCCAUGGAGUCUGCACUUCAGUGGCUCAGACUGGAGCUGCAGGAGAUGCGGGCUCAGGACCAGCAGCUGGCGGGACAGCUGCUGAGGCUGCGGGCACAGCUGCACAGACUGAAAAUAGACCAAGCCUGUCACCUGCACCAGGAGCUUCUGGAUGAAGCCGAGUUGGAGUUGGAGCUGGAGUCUGGCGGCACCGGCCUUGCUCUGGCCCCACCGCUGCGGCAUCUGGGACUCACCCGCAUGAACAUCAGUGCUAGGCGCUUCACCCUCUGCUGAGGGCACCUGAGCGUCGUCUCCUGGACUAUCUAGGAAGAAGGAAGAAAGAGGAUGUGGUGCUUGGUGAGGGAGA